GGACAAAAUCACAAAGGAAGGUUGUAUAUCCUUAUAUUUGUUCCUUCGCUCUGUAUAUAGGAUGGGCAGGUCUUCAGGUUGGUUGUAUACUGCUUUGUAUUUGAAGCAGUGUUCACUUCACCUAAAGAUUGCCUAUGGAGGUGAGUUUGAUCGCUCACUUUCCUAUCCUAUAUCAGUGUCCCUGACGGGUUCGGGUUACCCUCGAAUAGUUCCGGCCUUUUCUCGUCGUAUUAUCCGACAGAAAGGUACCCGGAGAUCUGAAUUAGCUGUCCAAAUGUAUCUAUCUUUCUUUUCCUUCUUCACUAUUGUGGAAAAGGCUAAGAAGAUUAGAGCCUCUUUGUUCAGUUCUAUUCAGAUGCCUAUUCGGGAUAUCGAUAGAGUGGUUCGUUGGCUUGGGCUGGCUAAGCCCUUAUUCAAAGAACUAUUCUUGAGAUACGUUCCGAAUAUCCAUGCUAUUCCCCUUGAACAAGGGAUGAGAUGGAUACCAUCUUGGAAAAUACUCCCUACGUAUAGUUCCUUGAACACUUUAUAUCAGAUCUUUCCAGAGAAGGCUAGGUAUCGGAGGUUUAAAUCUCCUUUUCUAGUCCAAACUCUUGAACUAUCUGCGUUCGGCUUCCUUGUCAAUUUUAUUAAUUCACAAGGACAGCAAUGGAAUCAGGGAAUAUUGUUUGAACAUAGAGUAAGAUAUGCUCUAGACCCAAACAAUAAAGUGUUUUCCGGGCUUGACCUAGAAUCAUUUGAAUCAAAGGUUGGGCCUUACCUACCACCAUGGCACCCUGCAAUGGGGCCACCGAUGUUAGGGAAGUUGGCACAAACUGUUGAAGGAGGGGGCAAGAGGAGACUCUUUGCUAUAGGGAAUUGGUUGCCUAUGGACGGGACAUUUAAUCAACCAGCACCUCUGGCCCGAUUAAAGGGCCAAAGAGUGUCUUAUUGUUACGACUUGACGGCAGCCACAGAUAGGUGGCCACUCGUCGUCAUGUUCGAAUUAAUGGAGAUCCUCUUUGAUCGCUCUUUUGCUUCUGCAGUGGUCAACUCUGCCCUGGCAACCAAUCGAUUUUAUAUUGGUUUCUUGCCGGAGCAAGUAUAUCCAGGACAAGUCUUUGACAAAUAUGCCCUUCUUGGGGAUGAUAUUGUCAUCUCUGAUGAGCAGGUAGCCCAUUGGUAUGCCGGAGUUCUUCAGGAGCUCCAGGUUGGGAUAUCUAAGGGUAAAACCUUAAUAUCAAAAUCUGGUGCUGCUGAGUUUGCGAAAAGAUUUGUGGUUAACUGCUUCACUACAGAUUUGUCUCCUGUAUCGAUGAAAUCUUUACUAGGAGUUCAUAAUUUGUUAGCGAAGUAUGCCUUGGCACACCGAUACCCUUCUAUGAGGUUUUCUACCUUUAGAAGGCUUGGUGGCUCUGGCUACAAAUCUUGUUCUUACAAAGCACCUCAUCUUCAUUCUCGCAAAGUGAGAUAUGAAUGGAGUUUGUGGUCGCAGCUCCGGUGGCCAUCAUUAGAAUAUUAUUUUGGUGGUGGCCGCCUACUCUCUCCCUCUCAGUUCUGGUGGGUCAUGAGGAAAGUUGUUUCUGCUUUCAAACCGAAAGAUUUGAUUGCACCUCCUGACAUUUUCGUCAGUGAGGAAUAACGUUUCUUUCAAGACUACACGGGAAUGAGGGGUUGGUUAGAGAGUUGGUUAGGGUAUUUAAAAUGGUGGUUGUUUUAUUUCAGACUGGUUAAUAACUAUCUGGAUUAUAACAAUCCCUCUGUCAGAGACCAGAUAAACCGGGUAUCAAUUGAUGAUGUAUGGGCAGCUCCUAUAGUUUCCAAUUCUUGGAGACUAUCUAAUAGAGAUGUUGUAUCUAU